UUCAAUCAAUGCUGUAGACAUCGCAAUCAUUUUCACGCUGUAGAUUCUGUGAAGCAGCUUAGUUCUGGGACAUACCCGCGGCGUGGAUGUUCAGUAAUUAAAAUGAAUUCUCGGAGCAAAUUGUCUGAGGAUUCUCUUGGCUUCUUUCGCCGAGUAUCCAGUGAGUUGGACAAUGAUGAGUCAGAAGUUGUGGAUGACGAAUUCUAUGCCAAUGUUUUCGACUACACAUUCAAAAACAAUCAAUUGAAAUUGUCUCGGGACAAGGUGGUAUGCUGCAUCCUGGAAAAAGCUCUCCGACUUGCUCCCGCUGCACAUGUCCAGGAGUUUCUCUCGAACACUGUUGAGUAUUUGGAGAGGUAUGUUUCGGACAAGUAUGCAAGCCACGUGGUGCAGACUAGCCUGAAUCAGUGCCUGCGUAUGACUCGAAGUCAAAUGGCUGCUGUCAAUGUCAAUGAAGAGAGCGACUCACCGGAUUCUCUGGUUGACAUAGUUGUGAAAAUUGGCAGUGGAAUUGUCGGCAAGCUGAAUGACUUUGUGUUUGACACGUAUGGUAGUCAUGUAGUGUGCUCGCUCAUCCAGGUUAUCUCUGGUGUGCGAGUUGGAGAUGACAUUGUCCGCAGUCGUGUUUCACAGAAGGUAGCCCAGAAAAAAACCGGAGCCGCAAAAGACAAGUCAGGAGCCGUGUCUGGCGCCGAAACAGUUUGGGGUGAGCUGCCCGAAGAGCUCAACAACGAGCUCGACUCCUUCUGCGAUGCGUUUGUGAGCAUGCGGGAUUUCUCGCACUGCCUGACGGAUCGUUCGGCCAGCAAAGUGCUUCAGGCUCUGCUGUACUGCACGCAGAGGCGCGACGAGAAUCGCUGCAAGCACCUGUGUCGCCAGGUGCUGACGGCCUGCAAAGUGCUCAGCGCACAGGCAGAUGAUGGCACGCCGGCAGCAGCGGCAGCAGCAGCGGCGGCGUGCAACACAGGCGGCGCCAGUGCCAUUACGCGCCUUGCCGAGGACUCGGUGGCCAGCCACGGCCUGGAGUGCAUUCUGAAGGUGGCUUCGCCAAAGCUGGUGCAGCGCCUGUGUCAGCAGUGCUUCUCCGGUCAGCUGCUUACCAUGUCACUGCAUCAUUCUGCUAACUAUGUGGUGCAGAAGCUGUGUGAUGCUCUUAGCACAGAAAACCAGAUGCUGCUGGUAGCUGGCGAGCUGCUGCCGUAUCUGGAAGACGUGCUGGCCAUGUGCCAUUUCGGUGUCUGCAUUGCAUUGGUCAAGGCAGCCUCUCGCGUCGCAUGCCAGCAAGCCGAGGUUGUCGAGGCUCUUCUGACCGCUUUCCACGCCACCGCUCAGCCAGAACGUUGUUGCCAUGCCUUCCUUGCUCUGUCUGCACUGGACGCAGUGGAUGCACCAGAAGAAGGUAACAAAGAAGAGGGUUCCGCAAACGAUUCUAGUGCCACUGCUUCUACUGAUGACAAGGCAUCCUCGCUGACAAUAUGCCCCCAAGGCUGCCAACUUGUCACUGGCUUAUUGAGUAUGGCCGACCCAGCUGCCGUGCUGGACAGCAUUGUAGCACUCAGCAGCGACGAUCUGGUGCGCCUCGCAACGGAGCAGGCUGGCAGCCGCGUAUUUGAUGCCUUCUACGAGUGCGCGGACGCUGGCAGCAAGCGGAAGCGUAAAAUCGUGAAGAAGCUGAAGGGUCAUUUUGUGCAGCUGGCAUGCCACAAGGUUGGCAGCUACGUGGUUGACGCAUGCUACCGCAACAGCAAGUCUAAAUCUCGUCAGGAAAUGGCCGAGGAGCUUCUGGCCGAGGAACACAAGCUCAGGGAGAGCUUCUUCGGUAAACACGUCAUCCGCAACUGUGAGCUCAGCGAUCUAAAGAUGAACUCUUUCGCAACGCCAGCCAAACAUACGAAUAAGAAAAGAGUGUAUUCCGACACUGUGGAUGGUGACGCGGAGCUGACUUCCCCUCCAGCCAAGAAGAAGGCAAAGAAGGAGAAAGGUGGCUGAGUUACAAGUGCCUGUGUGUUGGCCGGAAGUCUUAUUGCUCAUAUCAACAAUCUUGCCGUGGCGCCUGCAGGAGCAAUUAGCAGUGUCUUGCAACUAUUGUCUAUUGCUGAAUACCUGGCAAUGAGCAGGCAAGACCCUCUGGACUCUCGCGCUUAUCUACCAGUAAAAGUCCACGCAAAGUUUCCCGGUGCUCCUUGACAAUGCCAUGCAUGGUCCAUGCUGCAAGAUGAGCCUGCUGCUCCUACGGCUAGAGUACGACCUGCACUUACCAACUCUCCGGCGGCGUUGUUGAGAACUUGCAUCAGCGGCCGAGGCCGUAGCUGGUUCUGGCGCCGUGCGUUGGGCGGAUUGGCCAGGCGCCGCACCAGGUUCCGACCGUAGACCAUGUUGACGGAGCAGUUUCCCCAUUCCCAGUUCUGCGCCUGGCCGUUGUGGAACGAUGCGCCGGCAUCUUGGCCGCACGGACAGCGGUCUGCCAGGUAGCCCUUGCCGCACGACCGCGCGAUGCUCUGAAUUAGAGAAGCCGUCAUCAGAGCGUGCAGGAAUGCCCCUUCCCGUGUCGUCCCUGAUACACAUCGUUUAACACAGAAGGGAAACAAUAAGACAAGGUCAAUUCACCGCGUGCACGCGCACGCCCACACACACGCACAAACACACAUGCACGAACUCUGAAUGCUUCCCUCUGUCCAUCAUUGGCCAUGCUCAAUAUUCUACAUUGCCAGACAUGGAGUUAAUGACCCAUUUCUGAGAAAAUGUCCAACAAUUGUGCUGCUUUGUGCAAAGUACCUUCAUUGCACACAUAUGUGGGUUGUGUUCCCUUGGGGUCUUGUCGACUCCCACGCAUGCGCACGCACAUCCAUCCGUUUUCAGUUGGACAAUCUCAGUGACUUUACACCUGCGGUGUAGGGGUCUGACUGGGUUGCCACUGCACACUCACUGUGCUUACUGAACUAGACUAUAGGCGUCAAGAGUGGUUAGAAUCCCGAGUGGUGGCCUAGGAUCUGAAAUAUGCCAAGAUUGUCAACCUUCUGUUUUGCUGCACCAGGUUUUGAUUGCUGGUUGCUCAGUUCA